AUGGAUGAUUCAUCCUCAGCCUUGGAACAAUUUCGCCAGCAAUGGAAAGAAGAGGUCAAUGCGCGCACGAGGAAGCCACAGGAACAACCCGCACAGUCGAAACCAGAGAAAGCUAGAAGAACAAGUGAGGGCAAACUAGAGAGACCGACUAACAAACCCCCGACUCGCCACCCAGUGGCCGAUAUCAAGGAUGAAUCGGAUCAUUACAGUGACCACGACAAUCCAGGCGAGGGCAGUUCAACAUUAGCUCAACAUGUCGAAGAGCUCAGCAUCCACAACAUCGAUGAUGAUGAAUUCACCCAAAAGCUUCCGCUGAAGGAGCCGACAAGCGCGCUUGAGCAUUUCGAGCACGCCGUUGAGAGGGAGAGACAGGGUAAUCUUGGUGAUAGCCUGGCACAUUAUCGCAAAGCGUACAGACUCGAUGCAAAGGUCGAUCAGUCAUACAGACAAAAGCAUUUUCCAUCCAAGCCCAACCCAACGAACCCUAACCCAUCCAAUGCCUCUGCCACCGUCCCUUCAACUGCCCACCACUCAUCGAAAGAACCCCGAGAAGAAAUUCCCAUCGCCGACCUCAUCAACAGUUUCGCACAUUGUCAAAUUCAAGGUGCACCGCCCGUCAUUGAGGGCGACCGUCCGCCUCCUUGCCCUAUUCAGAAGCUGCCGACCGAAGUCCUUCUCGAUCUGCUCCAACAUGUCGCUGUCUAUGAUCCAGCUGUGUUCUCUCGCCUGGCACUCGUUUGCAAAAAGCUCGCAUACCACGUCUGGACCGACAACAGCAUCUGGAAACGGAUUGCCCUCGGUCCAGAAUUUGGCCUGGGCGGGCAACAAUAUCAAUUUGUGACCGACCUGCAAGGACGUGAACUCGUCUUUCGCGAAGUGGGUGAGGAAUACGACGAAGGUCUCCCUGCGGUGCGAGAGUCUUCUUUCCCCAAGGAAAUAAUCUGGCGGGAUGUGUUUCACAAUUAUCCUCGCAUCCGUUUCACAGGCGUCUACAUCUCCACCGUCAACUACACUAGACCUGGAGGUGCGUCGGCCACGGCGUAUACUUGGAACAACCCAAUCCACGUAGUCACAUACUAUCGCUACCUCCGUUUCUUCCGGGAUGGCACCUGCAUGUCGCUUCUUACGGUGGAAGAGCCGGUUGAUGUUGUUCAUCACCUCACGCCAGAAAAUCUAGCUUACGUCCGUUCCAAUAAGAAGGACGCUGCAAACUCAUUAAAGCUCACGCCAGCAUCUGGGAAGUCAGCGUUGGGCAAAGCUCCGGCUUCAAGUUCGGCCGCAGCAGCGAAUGUUGCGCCUCCGCCAGCGGCCCAGAAUAUUAUGAAGCAUGUUCUAAGAGGCCGAUGGCGUCUCUGCCAUCCUAGCCUCGACAACUCGGCGACGAACGUGUCCCAGGAGAGGGUAGGACCGUCCGAUGUCUCGAUGCUGGCUCCUGGUGACUUGCAGAUCGAGACCGAGGGUGCCGGUCCACGGUACAGGUAUACCAUGCAUCUGUGCUUGAAGUCAGCUGGACGGUCCAAACAUAUGACCAGGAACAACAAACUCAACUGGAAAGGCUUCUGGAGUUAUAAUUUUUUGACGGACGACUGGGCCGAGUUUAGCUUAAGGCACGACAAGCCUUUUUACUUUUCGCGCGUCAGAGCGUAUGGCCUGGGAUUGUGA